UAUUAUAGUAUUUUUGAAACAUCGUGCUUUUAAUUUGACGUUUUAGAGGUUAUGGGCUGAUGAAUAUUUUUGUAUAAAGAAAUUAUUUAUAUGAAAGAUGGAAAAUAAUACAAGCAUAAAAGAAGAAAACAAAAGCAUUAAUUUGCAAGAUGAUGGAGUGUUUGAUGAAUUUAUUAAGAGUGCUCAUCGGAAUAUAGCAGCAGCUAUUAGUAUCUCAAACUCUUUUCCCCAAGAUCAAUCAUGGGAUUUACACGCAGCUCAUCCAGCUUUCGUGAGUGCUAUGAGCCAGAUGGAGAAAUUGACCACCAGUUUAAUGGCUCGAGUUUUAAAACAGGAACGUGUAAAAGGAAAUCUGCAUGAUCAAGAUACUGAUGAAAAAUAUGAUUUAGUAUUAGUAGCUAAUGAUGCAUUAUGCGAAAAAAUAGGAAGUAAUUUAGAUGAACUUUCUGGGAAAACAAAGAGCUCUGCUCCAGUUUUAAUUGAAAGUAGCAUAAGUACUAAUGAAGUUAUAAAAUCUUUCUCUAGCACUGGAACUGGAAGCUGGAACAGAAAAAGCACUUCUACUGAAUCCAAGGGAGAUAAAAUUCGUCUUCUAUCUGCCCAUAAUAUUCAAAAGCCGCAGUUAACAUUCAAGGAUAAGGUUGAUAAUUCAAAUACUAAACUAUUUGUACCUAAAAUUACAGAUAAACCAAAUAGCAAAAAACCAUUAGCAUUGGAAAUCAAUGAAGAAGGGUAUACACAUCCUUAUGAUUUUGAAUUAGAAAAUUUUCAAGCGCCAGAAGAUCAACUUACUACUGUGGAACCGAUAUCUCCACCGCCAAUUGAAAAAACUCCUUUGAUUUAUGUAGACAAUGAAAAGUCACUAAAUUCUAUGUUGAGAGAUCUCCUUAAUGUGAAAUUAUUUGCUGUAGAUUUAGAACAUCAUUCAUAUAGGACUUUCCAAGGCAUAACUUGCUUAAUGCAGAUAUCAACAAGAACUUGUGAUUACAUCGUUGAUACAUUGAUUUUAAGGGAUAAGUUAGAAAUUUUAAAUGAAGCUUUUACAAAACCAGAUAUUGUUAAGAUAUUUCAUGGAGGCGAUCUGGAUAUAAUAUGGUUGCAAAGAGACUUGGGAUUGUAUGUGGUGAAUAUGUUUGACACGCAUCAAGCUGCAAAGGUGCUUGAAUUUCCUAGAUUAUCUUUAGCAUUUUUAUUAAAUCAUUAUUGUUCUGUUGAUGCCAAUAAACACUUUCAGUUGGCAGACUGGAGAAUGAGACCUCUCCCAAAGGAGCUCAUAUUAUAUGCUCGUCAAGAUACACAUUAUUUGUUAUAUAUUUAUGACAAUAUAAAAAAUGAAUUAAUUAGCAAAGCAAAUGGGAAGACUAAUAUAUUGGAAAGUGUUAUUUCAAAAAGUACAGAAGUUUGCAAAGCAGUAUACAUUAAACCAAAACUUAGUGACAAUAGCCAUCUAAAAUUUUAUAUUAAAUCCAAAAGAAUGUUUGACAAUAGGCAAUUAUUUGCACUGAAAGAAAUAUAUAAUUGGAGAGAUAAAAUUGCACGUGAAGAAGAUGAAAGUACUGGGUAUGUUUUGCCCAAUCAUAUGUUGCUACAAAUAUGUGAAGCAUUACCUAGAGAAAUGCAAGGAAUAUUAGCUUGCUGCAACCCAAUUCCUCCUUUGGUGCGACAAAAUUUAAUGCUGCUGCAUCAAAUAAUUCUUAAAGCUAGAGAACAACCUUUAAUAAAGCCAAUUCUCAAAGAGGAAAUAAGGACAAGAGGCCCAGAACAAAAAUCUGGAGCAAUAAAUUUGGAUGGCCCGUUGCAUUGUCCGCAUGAUCUAUCUCAGCAAAUUGAGUUUCGAGAUGAUUUGCCAACAUUAUUAGGAGAUCUAAAUAACAUUAAUAUGGAAAAAUGCUUUGCUCAUAAUGUUUUAGCUCAGAAAGAAGUUUCUUCAAUAUCAAAAAGUAUAAUAUCUGAAAAACCCAAACUGUCUAUUUUUGGUUCUCCAGAACAUUCUGAGUAUGAAGAGAAGAACCACAGUUUGCUGCUUAAAUUACAAAAGACCAACUUUGUCAGCCCAUAUCAGAGAUAUAAAUCUGUUCGACCAUUCGUGGAAUCAAUUGAAAAGGAUUCGAUAAAUAGUGAUGAAAGCAAAGGAAAUACUGCUAAUGCUAAUGAACCAGUACUUUCUGAACAGGAUAAGGAGAGCAUUGCAAGAGUUAAACAACAUUUUGAAAUAUUAAGUAAAAACACAGUUCAAGAAGUGGCAGCAACAACAUCUCAAUCAUAUUCACCACAACCAGAAUUAACUAAAGCUCCUAAUAAAUUAGAUCAUACAACACCCUUGCGGAUGCGAAGAAAACGGAAAAGAGUUGACUCAGUGGACAAUACAGAUUACAAUCAUGAUCAAACAUCAUCAAAUGUUGUUAACAAUCAGAGUGGUCAAAUGUCAUCAAAUGAUAUUAGUGAGACUGGUAAUAUGGGAGAUCAAUCAUUAUCAAAUGAUGUUAACAUAUCUUACAAUGAACAAGAACAAACAGAAAAAGGCUCCAAUAGAAAAAGAAAGAGACGUCCAAAGAAGAAUCCUCAUCAAAAUAGUCAACAAAUGGAUUUCAAGGCAUUUGAUUAUGGUUCAGUUGAUUUUCAAAAAUACCACGGAGGUUCUCAGCAAACCUCAAAACCUGAUGAAGUAAAAACCAAAUUUAAUGGAAAGGGCAAAAAUAAAUUCAAUGGCUACCGUAACAAUAAAAGCCUUACGUUUGGUAAAAACAAAGGAAAAAAUAAUAGGAAUUGGAAAUCCUAAGUUCACACA